ACCAACAAUGUACAUUACAUUUCCUGAUCAACAUCGUGUAGUGAAAUGGGCUCAUGAAGCAAUCAGUGGUGUAACAAUUCUUGACAAUUGUCUGACAUGUACAGGCGUAUGGCUUGAUAAAGAUAAAAAUGUGUAUGUAUCAGAGACGGUUAAUCAUCGUGUCAUUAAGUGGUCGCCUCAAACCAAUCUGACUACGAAUGUUGCGGGUCAAUAUGAUGAAUCAGGGUCAGAUAGUACACACUUAAAUGAUCCAAACUGCAUUUAUGUGGAUCAAAUGAAUGGUACAGUCUAUAUAGCAGACUUUUCCAAUAAUAGAAUUCAAAAAUGGGAAAAAAAUGCUUCAGAAGAUAUUACUGUAGCUGAUUCAAGUGAUGGCACUGCAGGAUGGAAUAAUGCAUCAUUAGUAAACCCGGAAGCUGUACGAGUUGAUGAAAAAACGAAAGUUUUUUAUGUAGUUGAUACAUAUAACAAUCGGAUCCAACGUUGGCUUCCAGGAGCAUCUGAGGGUGAAACUAUUGUUGGUGGAAGAGAUGAAACUUGUGUGGAUCAUCAAAAUCAUAGAUUUAAUUCUGGGAGUAAAAAUGAUCAACUAUCGGCUCCACGUGACCUGGCAUUUGAUAAACAUGGUCAUCUUUAUGUUAGUGAUGUAGGCAAUAUUCGUGUUCAAAUGUUUGCAUUAAUCGAUAAUCAACCAUGUUCGUCUACAUCAACAGGUUAG